CUCGGAAGUGGCUGAACAUGUCGGACAAAAUCAAAGGGUUAAAGUCUUCCCACAUGCAUCGCCCAUCCGCUGGGAUCUGUGCCCAUGUCAUGAGUGCGUUCACUCGAUGGAAGCGCCACUUUAAAAGGUUUCACCGAUCACUGUCACCCUAUCAUACUGUCCCAUGUGAUUCAGUCAACAGUUGACAUUUCCUGAUUGCAUUACUUAAAGGCGUACAUUGGACGUGAGUUGUGCUCUGGAUUCCACAAAUCGUUGCUUUUUGUGUCACUCUUUAUAAUUUACCCGUUUGUUUAUAUAAUCAAAGCAGCGAGUCGACUAUUUUGGAUGGAAUCACCAAGUAAGUACGGGAAGAAUGACAUUAAGAUAUACAUGCAUCCGUUACAAGAAAGUCAAAAGAAAAAAGAAAGAAAGAAAGCCAGAAAUUUGUACAAGUGCAGGAACAUCAGAAAACUAUUGAAAUCUCGAACUAUUUGUUACUGCCUUACUUGAGAGGGAGAAAAAAAAAGAAAUCGUACUUUCCUACAGAGUCUCCAAUUUCAUUCACUGGUUUCCUUGAAGUUAAAGAGCUUUUAAUAUUCGCUAGAUUUGAACUCCAAAACGUCGUUGUCAUCUAUGGUAUCCUUCACUAGUCAAGCUUGGCAAAGACACUUUGUCUUUAUGAGAACACUGUUCUAAAGGGUACACAUGCCGAACUCGACUCAAAAGAUGUGAAUUUUAUUGCUGCAGGUAUGUCUCCUAUAGACUCGUCAUGGGUUGUUAAAGACGCUUCAUCUGAAAUGUGUACACAGUUUAAACGCCUAAUGAUAUUCAAAUACCUAAACAAUUAUUAUACCGGAGCUGUGUAUAAUAGGCCUACCACAAAGCUCGCUGAGUCAGUUAAAUGGCGUUUUAAAAUGGUGGGCUUCGAGUCGGGCAAGUGGAAUUCCGUUUGGCGUUAGCCAACAAAGUUUUUUUUCCCCAGGUAGCCUUGAGCGGAAGCCUGGAUUCUAAAUACAGAAAAAUGUACAGAAGUGGUGACGAAUAACCCACAAGCAGUGAAUCACUUCCUGAUAAUCGUAAGACCCACAACCUGUUUGAAGACAAGAGAACGUAUGCGGCAGUUCAGCAUUAUACAAGAGAAGCUUAGCGUAUCGUUCGUAAGUCUGCUGGCAGACUGACACUGACACUUUGCACAUGAGUUCUGAAACUUCUCUUCUCUGAAAAAAAACACCAGUGGGAUUUACCAUGCCCAUAAUGCAAGUUCUUGGCCUUCUUCUUGGGGCUACCCUACUGGGGAAACAUGGAUUGGUUACUUCGCAAGGCAUUUGGCAGCAGAUGGGAGCCGGUUACCAAGGGGGUGGACACCAACCAAAUCCAAACCCUCCGCAGAGACAGGCACCGGCACCGCCUCAGACACCAAGGCAGGGCCCGGGAUACUACCCAGCACAGCCCCCAGUCUAUGGUCCAGGGUCGGGUCCUGCUGCACAGCCCCCGAUCUCCGGCCCCGGCCAGGGGCCUGCCCAGCCUCCAGUCUACAGACCUGGGCAAGGGGUCCCACCGCAGGGUCCGGGGCAAGGACCGGCCCCGCUGCCACCGCCCACUAACUCCAGGGUGAAGUUCCUCAUUCUUGGGGCGGGAGCAGCGGGUCUCCAGGCCGCCGACACUCUCAUCUCCAAGGGAGAGACCGACUUCUUAGUCCUGGAGGGCGCAGAGACCUACGGAGGGCGCAUCCGGGACAUUCCGUUCGCCGGAGUAAGGGUGGAGGUAGGAGCUGAUGCUCCUCGGCCCAAGUCGGAGGCUUUCGACAGUGCAGUGAGAGGUCUGGGAGGCCGCCUUAGACUGUAUAAACCCAACUGGCAGUCUCUCAACAUAGUUAGCGAGGAAGGCAUCACCAAUUUGACUAAGGUUGCCCUUCAAACCCACGCAUGGCCAAGGGUUGCAUACACCGUGAUCGAGGGCUUAAAUCUAGCCGAGGAACUAAUCGAAUCGCACGACUCAGACAUGUCGGUGAGGGCGGCCUUUCAGAGUCUUGGCUGGUUCCCGACCUCCCCACUGGAUAAGACACUGGAGUGGCUGCACUUUGAUUAUCAAAUGGGAGACGUACCACGGAUGGCCUCCCUUAAAGCUCAUCGUUUUGACGCACCAGAGCUUAUCGUCCAGCGAGGACCGAAUGCUAAUCCUCACCUGCAGGUGACCGAUCAACGAGGCUUCAAGUCUUAUUUUGACGCCACAAUGCGCCUCAUGAAGGACCCUAUGCACAGGAACAAAAUUCUAUUCAACAAAGAGGUGGUUGAGGUGAACUACGGCAGUCCCAACCACAUCACCGUCACCUGCCGAGACGGCUCGUCGUACCAGGCCGACUGGGCUAUCUCUACCUUCAGCCUCGGCGUACUCCAACGUCAAAUCGUCAAGUUCACGCCGGAGUUUCCCGGCUGGAAGACACGCGAGUUGAACCGCUUCACCAUGGGCGCCCACACCAAAGUCCUCAUGGAGUUCCCCAACACCUUCUGGGGCAGCCGGGAGUUCGUCUUGCGCGUGUCCGAACGGAGAGGCCACUUCCCGCUGUUUGUCGAUCUUGGAAAGAGGAUCCCCGAACUCCGUCGGAGUGACCGUCACGUCCUGAUGGCGGAAAUCACCGGUGACGAGGCCCGUCGAAUCGACGCUCAGUCCCCUCAGCAGACCAGCAAUGAGAUCAUGCGGGCUCUCCGGCGGAUGUACAAGUUCAACAUCCCCGACCCCAUCGCCAUCCACGUUUCGGGCUGGAACAGCAACCCGCUCACCAUGGGCUCCCACAGCCUCUUCUCACCCACGCUGAAUUCCAACUGCUUCGCUAAGGUUCAGGCCCGACUCGGGAGGUUGCUUUUCGCUGGCGAGUACACCAGUCUCAACUUCGGCGGUCACAUCCAGGGCGCCUUGCAGAGCGGUGAACGGGAAGCAAACAAGGCCUACCUGUGUAGCACUGGCGGGACUUGCCCGGAGUGGUUCGAAGGGAUGCAGUGUGCCUGUUCGGGCACACCUCCUCCGGCUCUGAGUGGUACAUCUCGUCCCAACACUGAGGCACAAAAGUUGAAUUUGACAUUUUGCCUGGUGAUCAUUUCAGUCCUUUCCAGGCUUCUAAAGAUUCUCUAAUAUUUUCCUUGUCGGUCGACAGGCCUUGAGAAAAUAAUUCAAUUUCCACUCAUGAUAACACAAUGGUGUUGCUAUUUUGAUUGCCAUCUGUCAUUGAUUUUACAGUUUUACUGUGCAAAUGGUAACGUUUUAACCAUAAAAUUACAUAUGCGGAUGAUUUCAUGGCUGAAUCUUGCGCUUAUUAUUUGAUAAUAUAUAUUUGUUAUUUUUACCUGUCACGUACUUCGACAAAGAUUUGUAUAAGACUAUAUGAAGGUCAGCAGAAUCAAAGAGUAUACGGGCGUUUUGAUAAACCAACAUUUUAUGUAAAUAAUGCCACAAAAUUUAAUUUGUAUAUUAAAAUUUAAAACAAACUUACAGACUGAUCUAUGCUGUUCCAUAAGUAUUUCUCUAUUAAAGCAAGGAUUUUACCAAAAUGUGCAUGUAUAACAGAUGAUUAUAGUUCAUGAUGUGACUUGUAAAUAAUUGCAUGGAAUGCCAUGCCUCAAAGUUACGACUGUGGCUAAAAUAAUACGUGCACCUAUAUUGAAACUGUUUGCGAGUGGCUGCACCCACUUACCGUAGAUGACUGUGUUACUCUAUAAGCUACAGCCAGUUGAUUUGAACUCGGGUCGGACUCGGAAUGUUUCACUCUUUGUGCAUUGCAGGACGCCCUCAACUGAAAAAUGUACCAAGACAUGACUACAGGUUUUCUGUGUGCUUCGUUUUACCGCUGAUGUCAACGUAAACAAAUGCGAAUGAAAAAAAUUGAUUAAAAGAAUAGGAUAUGG